AUGGCCUCAAAAACCAACAUUUUACCACAGCCGUUAGAUUUGGUAAUUGGGGAAAUCGGCUGUGGAGAUGGAAAUGGAGGAGGGGGUGUGUGGUUUUGGAAGGUGUUUGGAGGAGGAGGCUUUGGCGGGUGGAGAAGGAAAAGGAAGAGAAACAUGUUGCUCCUUGGGUUCUUGCUGAUCUUUGGUUUGGGUUUGUUGUUUGGUAAAGAGUUAGAGCGCAAUGUGCUUUGUGGGUGUUUGGGUAUUGGUCUACUUGAUGCUGUUUUGAUUCAGUGGUGGGGAAAGAGAAGAAGUAAAGAUUGGGUUUUCGGGUUAUGUGUAGGUGGGGUUUUGAUGGGUUUUGGAUUAAGGAGGGAGCAGGUGCAAAAAUGGGUUGAAAGGGUUAGGGUUUGUCCUCCAAUGAUGGAGAUUGGCAGAAGAAGAAGAGGUAAAGGUGGUAGAGCAUUGUGA